CACAGAGCAUCUCAGAGCCCCCAAAGUCCCCAAAUUAUAUAAAGCGACCUUGGUCUCUAACACAUCCUCACCACAUAGAACUACUUCUAGCUAGUUUCUUGCUACUGAUCUAAAAAUGGUGCUCAAGCUGCAUGGACUUUCUGUGUCGACCAACACAGCUCGCGUAGUGGCUUGUCUCCAUGAAAAAGAUGUCGAUUUCGAGCUUGUCCCGGUUGAUCUUUUUGCCCGUGGAAACAAGGAGCCUUCUUUUCUUGCCAAGAAUCCCUUUGGCCAGAUUCCAGUAUUAGAAGAUGGUGGCAUCACACUUUUUGAAUCUAGGGCAAUCACAUCCUAUGUGGCUGAAAAAUUCAAGGAAACCGGAACUGAUCUCAUAAGGCACGAAAGCUUUGAUGAAGCUGCAUUGGUUAAGGUAUGGACAGAAGUUGAAUCCCAACAAUACCACCCAGCAAUCUGUCCCAUUAUAUACGAGUUUUUUGGAAAACCAGUACAAGGCUUGGAACCAGACCAGGCAGUGAUUGAUGCAAAUUUGGAGAAGCUAGAGAAGGUGCUCAACGUUUACGAGGCCAAGCUGAGCAGCACCAAGUACCUUGCUGGUGAUUUCUAUAGCCUAGCCGAUCUUCACCAUUUCCCUUACACUUUUUAUUUCAUGAAGACUACUUGGGGCUCAGUGAUCAGUGAUCGUCCUCAUGUUAAGGCCUGGUGGGAUGACAUUACGUCUAGGCCUGCUUUGAAGAAAGUUGCUGAGGGUAUGACUUUUGGUGAGAAUCAGUGAGAACGAAAUCGAGUGGUUUUGAGUUCUUCUAUAUAUGUAUUGGAUGGAAGAUAGCUUUUGCGGCAAAUUAGUAUGCAUUGCUCUAUAUCUUAUUGUAUCCAAACUAAUUUGAUUUAAAAUGUUGGGUGCUCUGUCCAUCUCUUUCUUGAA